ACAUUCUUUAGUUAUCUAAAGACAUGUGGGGGUAGGGACAGCCAAAUGUUCGGUAGAAUAAACAACUGAGUAACGGCUAAAGAAAGGCGAUUCCACAAGAACGUGAGUGGGACCUAGGUCACCUAGAGGGCAGCUGAGGAAGACUUCGGCCUUCAUCCCAGCAACCCCCAGGAGGCAGAUUACGACCACCUAGCAACUGCCGGCACAGGCGCACACACAACGCAAACGAUACCAGCCGACACGGCAGCAGGGACUAGAGACUGUAUAAAACAAGGGAACCCUUCUCCAUUUUUUGCACGCGCCCAUCACCGGAGGAUUGCCACGCUCGUCGCCGACAUCGCGGGAAGAUUGCCACGCUCGUCGCCGACAUCGCGGGAUCCAAGGGUGGUUGACAGAAGCCCAUCGUGGGACUUAGGGUUUCAGUUGUUCAGCGGGUCAUUCUUUGCAUUGUUUGCCUGAUCCUGUUAGGCCCGUUGCUGUUCUUUAUUAGGGAAAAGAUGGUGUGGGGAAAGUUUAUAUUCUUACUUUGUGAAUGUAUAAUCUUGUCUCAAUCAACGGGGAAUCUGAAUAACCAACCCAACCUGGCAUGGGAAUUGAUUACUGGUUUCGUCCGAAUCUGGAAUCGGACAGACCAAGGGUUUUGCGUGGACCUCCCUACGUCCGCGUCAGAGGGUCUCAAAUUUGCCGUUAUUUGGUUAAAUCUCUCACGAGUGUUAAAUUCAAAAUUAGAAAUGUUAAACCAAAAGUGUAUUCAGAAUACUCUCUGGAAGGGACAAUGUUUGUGGGGAAUUGACUACACACCUCCUCUGGGGUGGGAAGCUGACUACAUGCCCUCUCCAGUAGCCUAUAGGUUUCCAGUUAACACGACCUGGAGGGAUAUGUGGAAGGCUACAUGCUGGAAGCAACAGCUCUGCACAGGAACUACGAGUGCUACCCUUGCAACCCGAGAGGGUUGGACAGCAUGUCCCCAGGAAGUGCAACUCCCUUGCAUGUCUGUACUGAAUUCGAAGUGGUGUCCCCGGGAGGAGGAGAUCCCUUGUAAUCUGGUACAUUGGUGGGACCCUCCCCCUCACGGUGAACCCCUACAACAUGAAUAUAAUGUUCCGCUAUCCCCAGGUUGGUGUAUUCAAAUUCCUCGCAGAUGGGGUGGCUAUGCCCACCAGAAUCGUUCUCGUUAUGAAUAUGCUUGGUCCCUUAAGCAUGCUUUACGUGAUCCAGACAAUAUAAUUGAUGCACGGGAAAUAGAUCCCCUACCCUAUAAGAACACCCCCUUAAUGACCUGUUCACGGACCAUUGAUUGUGAAUCGUUAACAUGGGACCCUAUAGAAACAUGGUAUGUCUCAGAAUUGCGAACUUUCAUUCGGGAUAUGUGUACUUGUUGGGGUUUUCCGGUACCAGGAUUUAAACCUAGAGACCCCAGGUGUAAAGGGCCCAUUACCAGUCGAAAAACUGCAUUAAAAUGUGGAGUCACACUUACCCACGAAACCAAGUGGAACCUUGUGUGGAAAGGAGGAAUCGGAGUAACUAAAUCCUAUGACCCAUUAACGUGCUCCACUAUGAGAUAUCCAUCCCCUCAGGGCACCUUUUGGGCAUGUUCGAAUGGGAAAAUGUACUCCCACCUGCAUGUACACGAAAUGGCAGGUUUAUGCUGUACCAUCGGCGUUCCAACAAUGUGCCCUUCUAGAGUGUUCAAUUUCUCAGUGCCCCAUUACAACAGAAGGCGCCGGGAAAGUGAUGGACCCGAGACGCGACCUGAGUGGGCAGUGCAUGGAGUUCAGGUGCCUGAUUAUUACACCUGGGGCAUGACAACAUCUCUAAUGUUGGAGAAUAUAUUUACCCUUAAAAGGCACCAAUUCGUUUUAGAAAAUCUGACCUGGCAAGUACACGUCCUAAGCAAUUGGACCCGUUAUGCUUUCGGGGAAACAAAUUUACAGGUUCAACAAGUGUCUAAAAUGGCUUUGCAAAACAGAUUAGCUUUAGAUAUGUUAUUGUUAAAGGAGCAAGGUGUAUGUGGAAUGUUAAAUCUCACCGAUGGAGAAUGUUGUCUCACCAUACACAACGCAACCACCACCAUAGAAGAAGCGCGAGAGAAGAUGAGAGAGGUAACAGAGAAAACCGGAGAACUUUUUCAAGCGAUGCAGCCCAAGGAUCGGUUUAACAGCUGGGAUCCGAAAACUUGGCUCACCUCUCUUGCAGGCUCACUGGGACUUACAGGUUGGGGAAAAUGGCUUGUAAACAUUGGCCUCAUGAUACUGUGUGGAUUUUUAUUUUUGAUAAUUGGCCUUGCAAUAGGCAGAUGUAUGAUCUCUCGCUUGCUAUCCUCCAUUACAUCUAUUCGUCAUGUACGGAUCACAACGGUCGAGGAAGACCUCAGGGAAAGUGACUUUUGAAUAUUGUUGUAAUGUUAGGGCUGUGGGUUCCUGCUUUGCCUAUUCUUGUUACUCUUACCUUGUGUUUCCUCCUCUUGCUGUCUGUGAAGUCGCCACCCUGGAUGAGGAUUGUAUGGACAAUGUUUGAGCCACGGGGUGGUGUGAGGGACUGGAAGAGUUAAUGUCUGUUAAUGUCUCAAACAUUGUAGAUAAGUAAAACCCUGAGUUUCGGGAAGGUAAGUAAAUCGCUUGCAAGUGUUGAGACAUUCUUUAGUUAUCUAAAGACAUGUGGGGGUAGGGACAGCCAAAUGUUCGGUAGAAUAAACAACUGAGUAACGGCUAAAGAAAGGCAAUUCCACAAGAACAUGAGUGGGACCUAGGUCACCUAGAGGGCAGCUGAGGAAGACUUCGGCCUUCAUCCCAGCAACCCCCAGGAGGCAGAUUACGACCACCUAGCAACUGCCGGCACAGGCGCACCCACAACGCAAACGAUACCAGCCGACACGGCAGCAGGGACUAGAGACUGUAUAAAACAAGGGAACCCUUCUCCAUUUUUUGCGCGCGCCCAUCACCGGAGGAUUGCCGCGCUCGUCGCCGACAUCGCGGGAAGAUUGCCACGCUCGUCGCCGACAUCGCGGGAUCCAAGGGUGGUGACUAUCUCUUUUCUUUUCCCCCUCUUUCUUUUUUUCCUUAUUCCUCUCUUUUCUCUCUUCUUGUGAACGUUUUGCUGCAACCCACGCUGCCCACCGUUAUGCCUUC